AUGACAGAGUAUAGCACAAAUGCUCAACCGCAUUUUAGUCUUUUAAGGAUAAUUGGAGGAUGGGGAAACGUCAACAGCAUGCUGCGGAGCAUGCUGGCAGGCACAUCGGCCGCCGCCGUUGUCGGUCUCACAGCAUCGUUCAUCGGAGCCAGCAUCUGGGGCACGGCGGGGCUUCCGUUCAUCAUCGGAUCAACACUGGGCUUUGCGCUCGGAAGCGCCAAAUGGUACAUCGCAGCGACGCAAGAAUCGCUGCUCCAGCUGGACAAGUACCCGUCGAUUCUGAGGCUGCACCUGAUAUCUAACUUCCCAUGGAAACCGGAGCUCGGCCGACGAGGGAUCGACUGGUUUACCGCGAGCAGGUUCAGCUCAAGCUGGCAGAUGAAGAGCAUGCUCAUCGCAAGCUGGUUGACUGCCCAGCCGGCGCUUGACGAGAUUCGGAACCGAACAGAGGCGGAGCUUGUGGAUGCAUACUCGCGACAGCGGGUUAUUGAGCGGAGCCGCUUGGAUGAGAAAGACGGUGAGGGCGAAGGAUCCACUCACGAGUAG